AAUUUAAAGUGCCAGCAGAUGUAGUUGAGACUUCGCGAGUGAUGCACUGAAAUUGUCCAAGAGUUUAUCGCGAGUAUCCAAAGAUGCCUCACUACACCAAUCCCGCCUUCUGUCUCCAAAGUGAACUCUAUUCCCCGCCGGCGAAAGUGCAGAAGAGUGAAUCUGUGAAGUGUGUUCCGGUGUUUCAGCCGUUUUUACCCCCGAAGCCGGGCCCCAAGCCACUGUCUCUGGUCACAUCCAAGUCGUUUGGGUCCAUUGAAUUGAUCAAUACGACACGACCAACGCCAACUGUGGUCACUUCUUCGAGCCCCAUGCGAGGGAGACUCCAGACGAGCAGCAGCAGUGGAAGAUUCGCUCUGGUGCCCAUCGAGGAACUCUCCAAGACAGAGAAGAAUCGCUACACCGUGGUUCCGGCGCGCCAGGCGAAGCUACUCUCAAGCCGAGAGGCUCUUGAUACAUCCGAUGAGCUUCAAUUCUGCAGUUUGCCUGUUAAUUUCUCACCAGAAGAGCAGCCAAAGCUGAAGAACGCCUUCUCAACGAAUUUCGAUUCGAAGAGUUUCUUCCUCAAUGAUUCCCGUUACACGGUGUUCCCAACGGACAAGGAUGAGGAGAUUGUGGAUGACAAUCAUGAGAUUAUAGAGAUCCACAGUGGCAAGAAGAAGCAUAGAUAUGCUGUGGUGCCCACUGAGGAGGAUCCCGAUGACAUUCAGGAGCAGGAAGAGACUUCAAUGAGCACCAAUUUUCAGACGAUAGCCCGGAGUCCCUCACGAAGGAGGCUUCAUCAUAGCUAUGCCAGCAUCAGGGACACCAAAUCACCACCGAGAAUGGCUAAGGAUUCCACAGUUGCCACUCCUCAGCGUCCAGCACCGCCAGUUCCUAUCUCCAGUCUUACGCCGCAGAAGAACCUUGCCACACAGAAGCUUCAUGAGCUACUGUCCACGCCUCCGCAGAAGACACCGCAGAAGCGCAUUCCGGCUCCUCUCCAGCCGCAGACCAGCACCCCGCUGAAGCCGCACAUAACGCCACAGCGUCGUCUUCGCUACGAAGAACAGCAGCUGGGACACCAAGCAGCGGAUAUACGCACCACUGCAGUCAUUUCGCCGCGACUCCAGGCGCCCUCCUUCUAUGAUGCACCGUCCAGCACCAAGUCCUGGACGAAUCUCAGCUUCCAGAAGGUCGCCAAUGCCACAGCGACCAUCGGCGCCGUCUCUCUCAUGCUGAUCCUCUGCGGAAUGAUGAAUUCCGGACUCAGCAUCUACAUGGUGGCGCGUGUGGGGAGGUCACACUAUCUAGACACUGGCAUCAUAUCGGGAUUUGCUGCUGUGGCGCUGGGAUUCCUCGGCUUCCGCUCAAGACAGUGCGACUGGUUGCCCAACAGGAACUACAUCUCAGGCUAUAUCCUGGUCACGGUGUUCUCCCUCCUCAAUUGCUGUGGACUUCUCGUUCUGCUCACCCUUCAUCCCAUUCCCGGCACACCAAUUCACGACAUCACGACCGGAGUGGUGCUGGGACUCUCCUCACUCACGCUUCUCCUCAUCAGUUUGGGCGCGAUUUCGUCACGCUGGUGUCGCGCUCCGCCCCCGGAUAAUCGCGUCGACGUUGUUCACUGAGAGUGUCCUGAUGCUUGAGAUCAAAUAAAUUUUAUCCAGAAUCCUGAG